GCUGUCAAUGUCUGGGUGGGUUCAGAGCCCUUCCCUGCAGACAGAGAUCCGGCACCGGGGUAUUUGGAAGUAGUUCUGCUCGUUCCAGCUCUUGCUGUCUGGAUUGUUAGCGGUUCCAAUGGGAACAGACCCUGGCAGCAGCAUGGGACCUUCACUGCACGUGUAGCGGACAGUGGUCUACAGAUCGAAUAAAUUAGGGGGAGAUUUUCAGAGGCACAAAGGGCAGUUAGGUGCCCAACUCCCCCUCACUGCCCCAGGGAAUUGAGUGCUUAAUUCUCCCUUGUGCCUUUGAGAAAAACGCCCCUCUCAGUCCUUGUCUACCCAAGAAAAUUGACCAACACAGCUAAAAUGGAAUAACUGUUACUGCAGUCAUUAAUAACUAUUCUGCUGUAGCUCUGCCGGUCAAUUUCCCCGGCUAUAUAAGCUGUUAGAGAAUUAUUUCGUGAAUAAUAGAUGACGAUGAUAAACCAUGACGUUGGCUGAGGCCUCCAGUACAAAAGCCCUGACUCUUCUGCAUGGGCCUUAAAGGUCACAGGCUGCUUUCACUGGAGGAAACAUUUGCCCCAACCUCUUUGGACCGCAGAAGGGACCUCAUUUCAGUGACCCCAGCAGGAGCUGUAUAGGAGAAGGUUCUCACACAAACAGUGCCUUCAGUGGUUCAGUCAAGUCACUGAUUACUCUAACCCAGGGCAUGGUCAUGCGACCUCUUGUGAGGUUCAUUAUUCUACCCACCCGUAACAGCAUUUAUGCUUCAUUAUUUAUUUGUGUUCUAGUGUCCAGAGGCCCCCAUGGUGAUCAGGGCCCCUCCACAUGGGAGGAUGUGCAAUUUGAAAUUCCUUGUCUGCUGGCUGGUGAUCGAUCAUUCCUGUUCUCUCCCUCGCCUAGUGUUAGCUCUGGACACAGACUGGUACAGAGCCUGCAUCAGGAUGAGGGGUUUCGCUGCCUCAAACUGCAAUCUACCUCGCCCCAGAGUCAGAUGAAGAUGAGAGUCUGGAAGGCUGUGGCUUGCACUCUGGCGUUCACCAGCGUGGACGUGCUGGUGACCACGCUGCUGUACGUGCACAGCCGUAGCGGCAAGGACAUUGUCCAGGAUCUGAAGCACUUCAAUGUCUUUAAUUCCAUGUUGGACGUGUGGGGGACAUGUCUGUACAGGAGCUGCUUGCUUCUCGGCGCUGCCAUUGGGGUUGCCAGGAACUCAACCUAUGGCCCCAAGCGCCUGAAAGCAUCCCAGACCUUCAUCACCUUGGUCUGCCUGUUAGCCGGCAUUUACGCCCUGGUCAAACUGCUGCUCUACUCGGAGGUCAGGAAGACUAUUAGGGACCCCUGGUUUUGGAGUUUGUUUGCAUGGACGUAUGUGUCGCUGGCUGCAACUUUCUGCCUGUGGCAGCUGCUGUCUUCCGUCACAUCCUCCAGAGAAGCCUUGGGGGUCAGUUCAGAGUCCAGGGCGGAAGCAGAGGAGAUAUGUGACCCCAGCCCUGUUACUGUGCAGGAAAAGAGGGAAGAGAUGUCAGGAGCCACUAUCCAUAAGCUGCUGUCUUACACCAAACCAGAUGCUCUCUUCCUCGGAAUAGCCACUUUCUUCCUUCUGGUUGCUGCUUUAGGAGAAACAUUCCUUCCUUAUUACACUGGCUUGGCGAUUGAUGGAAUAGUCAUCCAAAAAAGCAUGGAUCAGUUUUCCACCGCAGUGGUGAUUAUGUUGCUUCUUGCUAUAGGAAGCUCAUUUGCCGCAGGUAUCCGGGGUGGCGUUUUUACGCUCAUAUUUGCCAGGCUGAAUAUUCGACUCCGCGACUGCCUCUUCAAGUCACUGGUCGCUCAGGAGACAAGUUUCUUUGAUGAGAAUCGCACAGGGGACAUCAUCUCCCGGCUGACCUCGGACACAACGAUCAUGAGCGACCUAGUUUCCCAGAACAUUAACAUCUUCCUGCGCAACGUGGUGAAGGCGACGGGCGUGAUCGUCUUCAUGUUCAACCUGUCCUGGCAGCUCUCUCUGGUGACCUUCAUGGGCUUCCCCAUCAUCAUGCUGGUGUCUGACCUCUACGGGAAAUAUUACAAGAAGCUCUCCAAGGAGGUUCAGAAUGCUUUGGCGAAGGCCAACAACACAGCAGAAGAAACCAUUUCGGCCAUGAAGACUGUGCGCAGCUUUGCAAGUGAGGACAUGGAAGCAAAUGUCUAUUGGGAGAAACUGCAGCAAGUGUACAAACUGAACAAAAAGGAAGCUCUGGCCUAUACGUACUAUGUGUGGUCCAGUGGGCUGACUCUUCUUGUAGUGCAAGCCAGUAUCCUUUACUAUGGUGGCCAUCUAGUGAUCUCUGGGCAAAUGACCAGCGGAAACCUGAUAUCUUUUAUUAUUUAUGAAUUUGUCUUGGGAGAUUGCAUGGAGUCUGUUGGUUCCGUCUACAGCGGAUUAAUGCAGGGAGUAGGAGCUGCUGAGAAAGUGUUUGAGUUUAUAGAUCGCAAGCCGACGAUGGUGAACGAUGGAACCCUGGCCCCAGACCAUGUGGAGGGUAAAGUGGAGUUCAGAAAUGUUACUUUUUCCUAUGCUACCCGGUCUGCAACACAAGUCCUACAGAAUGUGUCUUUCACCCUCUAUCCUGGCAAAGUGACGGCGCUUGUGGGUCCGUCGGGCAGUGGAAAGAGCUCCUGCGUCAAUAUUCUGGAGAAUUUCUACCCUCUUCAAGAUGGGCAGGUCCUGCUGGACGGGCAGCCUGUUAACAUGUAUGAUCACAAGUACCUGCACUCAGUGAUCUCUUUGGUGAGCCAAGAGCCAGUGUUGUUUGCUCGAUCUAUUGAGGAAAAUAUUUCGUACGGGUUAACUUCAGUCUCGUUUGAGUCAGUUGUCCAAGCUGCUCAGAAGGCCAAUGCACAUGCAUUUAUCACAGAGUUGCAAGAUGGCUACAAUACAGAAGCUGGUGAAAAAGGAGCCCAGCUGUCUGGUGGCCAGAAGCAGAGAGUGGCUAUUGCAAGGGCUUUGAUCCGAGCCCCCCCAAUCCUAAUCCUAGAUGAAGCCACAAGUGCCCUGGAUGCAGAGAGUGAACACACGAUUCAGCAAGCAAUUUAUGGUGAUUUGCAGAACCACACUGUGCUUGUCAUAGCCCACAGGCUGAGCACUGUCGAGAAGGCACACAACAUCAUUGUUUUAGACAAGGGCCGAGUGGUGCAGCAGGGAAUGCACAAGGAGCUCAUGGAAGAAGGCGGCCUUUAUUCCAAGCUGGUGCAGAGACAGAUCCUUGGGCUCGAAACUGGCACAGGGGACGGCUAUCAUCUGGAGACUAGCUUAGCUGCUGCCAGUGGAGAUUCGAUGAAGCCGCCGGGAGGACUGGAUGAAGAGUUCAGGGUGUGACGUGCUCUCUCUGGAUUGAGACAGGAUGGUUACAAUCCUGUAGCUCACAAGUGAGAGAGCACCUGGGAUUCCACGCAAGAUCCUUGCUGGGAUGCUGAAACAGGAGUCCACUGUAGGCCAGACUUGGACACAUUACUGUAGAACAAGUUUACUAGUCACGUAUACUAAGCUUCCAGUAGGCAGACUGGUAAAACAGGGAAACAAUGGGCCUGGUUUAUUAAGGGGAGUUGAGUCUUUAGCAAUUCCCAGUAUUUCUACUGGGUUUCUUUUCUUAGAGUCAUCAAUUCCCAAGGCAGUUGAUGGGGUCUGUUCUCCCACUGAUAUGCCUGUUUAACUGCUGUUAAUUGUAACAGGUGUUAUACACAUGCAUGGAGGGGAAGAAUGACACCCCUUAAGGAACUUCAGGAGGUAGUUUUGUGAAUUGGUGGAAGACAUUGAACAUAAAGUAAGAUCUUGAUCCUGCAGUCAGUCUGGUGCCCAUCCCACACUCAGUGAAGUCAAUGGAAAGA